AUGGGUGUGCCGAAAUAUUUUCGAUGGCUCUCAGAGCGUUAUCCGCUCAUUAUGCAACUCGUGGAAGAGAACCGUAUACCUGAGUUUGACAAUCUCUAUCUAGACAUGAAUGGUAUUAUUCAUAACUGUUCGCAUCCGCGAGAUGGAGAGGCUACGUUCCGGAUAUCCGAAGAAGAUAUCUUCUUAGGCAUAUUUGCGUACAUCGAGCAUCUCUUUGCCAAAAUUCGUCCUAAGAAGGUCUUCUUCCUUGCAAUUGAUGGUGUGGCGCCUCGUGCCAAGAUGAAUCAGCAGCGCUCGCGUCGUUUCCGUACGGCGCAAGAAGCCAAGGAGGCCCAUGACAAAGCUGUCCGCCGCGGCGAAGAGAUCCCUGAUUCCCCGCCCUUUGAUUCCAACUGUAUCACGCCAGGCACCGUGUUUAUGCGGAAGCUGUCUCGACAGCUCGAGUACUUUAUUGCCAAGAAGGUGUCAGAAGAUGCGAAUUGGCGGGAUGUGCAAGUGAUUCUCUCGGGGCAUGAGGCAUGCGGUGAGGGUGAGCACAAGAUUAUGGAGUUUGUGCGUACGCUCAAGGCACAACCAGGCUAUGAUCCCAACACACGUCACUGUCUUUAUGGUUUGGACGCGGAUUUGAUCAUGUUGGGUUUGCUCAGUCACGACCCGCACUUUGCUUUGCUCCGUGAAGAGGUGACGUUCGGUCCUCGCCGUGGAAAGAAGACGGGUGGAUUGGAGACACAGACAUUUUACCUGCUGCACCUUUCGCUACUGCGUGAAUAUUUGGAGAUGGAAUUCGAUGCGCUGAAGACCAAGUUGUCGUUCCCCUUUGACUUGGAGAGGAUCAUUGACGACUAUAUCCUAUUGCACUUGUUUGUCGGCAAUGACUUUUUACCGCAUUUGCCAGGCCUGCAUAUCAACGAAGGUGCUAUUGAGCUCUUGUUCCGGAUCUAUGAAAAGGUGCUACCGCAGGCUGGGGGCUACCUGAAUGAGCAGGGCAUUUUGCAUCCGGAACGUUUGCAGCUGAUCAUCAAUGAGCUAUUCCAGUUGGAGCGUGAUAAUUUCGUGCGUGACCACAUGCCCAAACAGGAAGCACCAUCCAAGACCAAAGCCAAGGGCAAGGGCAAGAAGGGCCAAGCGAUGCAAAUGUGUAUGACGCCUCAGCAGCGUGACUGGGUGACCAAGGUGCACGAAUUCGCUGUCAAAUUCCGUGCGGACCCCGGCUCUGCAGAGACGUCGUUGGCGUUCCCUGCGAAGCUGCCUGCCGCCGACCUCACAUUUUUGCAUGGCUUGGCGGAUGCCUUGCAGCUUGAAUGGCUGGAGAACGAGUACGAUCCUGUGAGUGAUACGACAGCUACGACCAUGUCGAUCCCAACCUCGACACUCAAAGCGAUUCGUCGUGAUGAUGCCUAUGACAUGGAGUUUCUUGAGCAGAGCGAGGCGGCUGUACGUCAGGCGCUGCAGCCCUACCUGGAUGCGCGUGUGGAAGUGCCGGGUCAGGCCAACGACGAAGCGUCGGAGGAGACGUCGCUUCCGACUGAGCCACCUCUGCAGGCCGAGCGUGAGCGUGAGAUUGAUGACAAGCUGGUGGCAUGGAAAUCGUCGUAUUAUCAGACGAAGAUGGGCAUUAAAUAUGGCUCAGACGCUGUGAAAGAUCUUGUGUACAACUACAUUGAAGGCAUGCAGUGGGUCUUGCACUAUUACUACGAAGGAAAUGCCUCCUGGGGCUGGUUUUACCGCUACCACUACGCACCACAGGUGUCCGAUAUGCGUAACAUUUCCGACUUUACGUUCCACUUCGAGAAAGGUACGCCAUUCCUGCCGUUUGAGCAGUUGAUGGGUGUGCUGCCGCCGCUCAGCAAGCAGCUUAUUCCACCGGCGUUCCAGGAUCUCAUGACCGAUCCCAGCUCGUCCAUUCUUGACUUUUACCCGACCAAGUACGAGAGUGAUAUGAAUGGCAAGAAGAACAGUUGGGAAGCCGUUGUGAAAAUUCCCUUCAUUGAGGAGUCGCGUCUUUUGGACGUUCUGCAUCGUCGUGCAAAUGGAUUGACGGCGGAGGAGCGUGAGCGCAAUACGCAUGGAGUGCCGCAUCAGUUUGUGUACGAUGCCUCAUACACACGCGUAAUGCCGUCAAGCUUGCCAGGCUUCUUACCUGACCUGCCAGACAAUCAUACGCGCAUUUCCGAGUACGUUCUUCCCUCGAUGGAAGGCAAGUCGUUUGUGAAGACUUUGCCGGAGGGCGUAGGUCUCGGCUUGGAUGCCAUGCCUGGCUUCCCCUCCAUGAAGACGCUGUCAUUCAAGCCGUCGCUGCGCAAGUUUGGCGUCAAUGUCCAUGGGACGUCCUCGCAGGGCCUGUCGAUGAUUCUGGCCAUUGAGCCACGUGGCGAGAAGCCCAGCACCGAGGCGUUGGCCAAGACGCUGAUUGGCACGUCGACAUACAUUCACUGGCCGUACCUCUUUGAAGGUUUAGUGGUAGGUGUGAGCGAUUCGAACGAGUGCUUCCGUGCUGUGUGGAAGAAGAACCAAGUGGGCAUUCGUCAUGAUGUGGGAGGCGAAGCGUCGUUGGCGUUCCGCAAGCAAACUUCCCAUAUCACCUCGCGCUAUGCAAAUCGCUACGGUGUGGUGCUGGGAGCAGUGGAUGUGCUAUUGCAUGUGCGACCGCUGAAAGGUCUUAUUCUAGGCUACGAUGGCUCGAUCAAGAAAGAAUAUGAGCCACUGCCUGAUGCUGAAGUUGUGUCCCCAUGGCCCUUGGUCAUUGAUAAGGUGAAGCAUGAAGACACGCGGUUCUUGGAGCAUCCUAGCAUGUCUGUGGCUGAAGCGUUCCCCGAUAGUACGAGGGUCUUCUUCUUGGGCUCGCCUGGCUUUGGAUGCCCAGGCCGUGUGAUCGGCACAGCUGGGGAUACAGUGACGAUAGAGUUGGCGUUUAUUGCUGAUCUUGUGCAGGAGCACUCGAUUAUUCGCAAGCUUGUGCAGCAGCGUGCACAGGACUCGUACUUCCACGCUGGGCAAGUGGCGAACCGGCUGAAGAUCUCGUCGUUGGUCCUUUCCAAGCUGACAAGCAGCAUCUUUAUUAUGAACCAUGGCCAGAAAAGCAACAUUGGCCUCAACCUCAAGUUCGAGGCGCGUAGCCGAAAGGUCCUUGGGUACACACGCCGUGGCCACCAGGGCUGGGAGUACAGUGAGCGAGCGGUUCUGCUGGUCGUGGAGUUUAUGAAGGCGUUCCCCGAGAUCCCACGCAUUCUUGCUCGUCGGCUGAAUGACGGCGAGUACUAUGAUGUGGAGGAAGUGUUCCCCACCAAGACAGACGAGCGUAUGACAGCGCUGCGGGCGUGGCAAAAGGAGCAUCAUCUGCGCGACUUGGAAGAUGUGCCGUUGUACGUGGAGCGUUUGGAGCGUCCGAUUAUCGAGGUGCUGGAAUCCGCCGUGGCGAUCAUUGCCCAGCGCCGUGCUGAAGGCGGAGCAAUCAAGCGCCAAAUCCUGCGUGGCUUGCCUCGCGAAGCGUUGCUUAAACCCGAGCAUGCCAAGUUCCGUGUACCAGAGCAGUCGUUUGAGCUCGGUGAUCGUGUGAUCAAUGUCCUGGACUUUGGUUUCGUUCCACUGGCUGCCAAGGGUACUGUGGUUGCAAUCGGCACCGACAGCAUUGACGUGGUAUUUGACGCGCCGUUCCUCGCUGGUACGACGCUAGGCGGUAUUUGUUCCCAGUACCGUGGCGCGACGGUGGGCCGUGCGCAUGUGCUCAACCUGAGCACGCCGCAAAUUGCGACCAAGUGGGGCGAAUUGUCAGACUUGGCUGCGAUGCAGUCGACGCCGCUCCAACGUACGCUCCACGCAGAAAACCUAGCACGACCGAAAGUGACGGUGAUGGGCGGCCCGCAAAGCCGAUCUGGCGGUAUGAAAUUCUUCCAACCCGCUACGCCUUCGGGUGGCCUGCAGCAUGCCAAAGCGCGUAGCCCCGCCUCAAACAAGCAGGUGGACGCCGCCACGUCACAUCUCGCGGCUCUCUCACUGAAGAAGCCUGCGAAGCCCAAUGCAUGGAAUUCGCCGAAACCCCAGGGCCAGAUGCCUACGCCUACGCCAGCGCCAGCGCUUUCGCACCCUCCCAAGCCGAAGCAGGGCAAGCCGAAGGCCAAGCCUCACCAAAAACCCUCGUCUAACAGUAAGUCAAAGAAAAAUACAGCUACGUCGACGUAG